CAACCUUAGUCUCCUCGAUCGCCUCUUUCCUCAAACCAUAACAACCUUCUUUCAUCAUAUCAUCUCAACCAAAUCCUAAUUUUACUCGGACAUACACAUCCCAUAUAUAAUUUGUCGUCCAAGGUUUAGUUUUCUAGUCUACUUAGUAUUAAUUCUCGUACGGGGUACGGGCUAGGAGUUAGUAUUUUGCAACAACUCUAUUUGGUUUUUUCUUGAAUCUUGAAAUUUUAUAUAUUUCGGUUGUUAUUAAUGGACUGCCUGAAGGAAAUGGAAGGUAAAAGAACUCACGAUCAAUUCGAGCCCAAGAAAAUAAUGUCCAAAUCGCCAAGGCGGGUUUGGGUUCCCGGCCCGGUUAUAGUCGGCGCCGGCCCUUCAGGCUUAGCCGCCGCGGCUUGCCUGAAAGAGCGGCGCAUUCCGAGCUUGAUUCUUGAAAGGGCUAAUUGCAUAGCGUCUCUAUGGCAGCUCAAAACCUACGACCGGCUGCGCCUCCACCUCCCCAAACACUUUUGUGAACUUCCCUUUAUGCCCUUCCCUUCCCACUUUCCCACAUACCCUACGAAGGAACAAUUCGUGGCUUAUUUGGAAGACUACGCGGACCGGUUCGGUUUGCAGCCCGAGUUCAAUAGAACAGUGGUUCGGGCCGAGCUGAACGAGAAAUGCGGGUUUUGGACGGUCAAGUGUGUGGGGGAGAAGGCGGAGGAGGUGACUGAGUAUGUGUGCCGGUGGCUAAUUGUGGCCACCGGCGAAAAUGCCGAGGAAGUUGUGCCGGGUUUCGACGGCAUGGAGAACUUUUCCGGGCCGGUUAUUCAUACCAGCCAGUAUAAGACCGGGAAAACCUUCCACGACUGCAAAGUUUUGGUGGUGGGGUGUGGAAAUUCCGGCAUGGAAGUGUGUUUGGACCUCUGCAACUAUAGUGCUCACCCGUUUCUCGUUGUUAGGGAUUCUGUGCAUGUAUUGCCGCAGGAGAUGCUAGGGAGGUCGACGUUUGGAUUGUCGAUGUGGUUGCUCAAGUGGUUUCCGGUGAGGCUAGCGGACCGUAUUUUGCUAUUUAUUUCUCGUUUUGUAAUCGGAAACACAGAAAAUCUUGGUCUCAUCCGGCCUGAGAUUGGUCCCCUUGAACUCAAAGUCACCACCGGAAAAACCCCCGUCUUGGACGUCGGAACACUAGACAAAAUCAGAACGGGCAAAAUUAAGGUUGUUCCGGCUAUAAAGAGAUUGACCCAUCACGGGGUGGAGUUUAUAGAUGGAACGAUGGAAAACUUUGAUGCGAUCAUAUUGGCCACGGGCUAUAAAAGUAACGUCCCAUCUUGGUUAAAGGGAAAACAUUUCUUUUCGGAGAAAGAUGGAUUUCCAAAUGAAGCAUUCCCAAACGGGUGGAAAGGCGAUGAUGGUUUAUACGCUGUCGGAUUUACCAAACGAGGUCUACUUGGGACAUCAUUGGACGCGAGGAGAAUAGCCGAGGAUAUUGAACAACAAUGGAAGCUCAAGGCCAAGCCUGCAUGUAAAAUUGCCUUCAAAACUUCAACAUUAUAAACGAACUAGCUUAAGAAUUAAUAAUAGAUUAGGAUUAUUAAUUUUGAUUGUGUACUAUGUUGCAAGCAA